AAAGUGGCUCGGUGGUCAGUGUUGGAGCUUCCCUGUUUCGAAUUGGGAGUGGACGGGGCCAGAUCGGCGUGAGAAAAAGUGGCAAAAGUGGCCAGGAGAGCUGUUGUGUGUGCGAAGAGGAGAAAAAGUUCGAUUUGGCCGUUAAGAACAAUUUUAUCCCCACAAAAGAAAUCGCCUGUGAUAGAAGUGACACUUUUGUGCUCUCUCACGAAAAUUUUCACACGCCACACUCUUUUAAUUUUUAAUUGAUUUCAGUGUCUGUGGAUUUUCGCGAAUUGCGAAGGGAAGACAAAUUAUUUUUUUUUCGGAUAGUUCUUCACCUUCCUUUGCCAUCGGCUGUGCCUCUCUGUGGUUUUGUUUUGUUGUAAAUUGUUGGGUUAAGAAGUUCAGAGGUCGUGUGAACACUGAGGGUGGAAUAAAAGACAUUCUCAUGUCGCAAAAGUGGAUCUAAAUUUAAUCGUGAAAGUGAUUUAUCUGUGGGAAGCCUUUAUCUACUGAACAGGACUGUGGUAUCUUGGGGAUCCACAGAGAAAUGACACGAUCUGUGACAUGGUUGCUCCUUCUGCUAGGAUUUGCCUUCGUCACGGUCUCCCUGCAUGAUGCACAGGUUCAUGCUGAGGUUGGACCAUCGGAAUCCGAAUGCAGACCCUACAUCGAGAAGGCGAUCCAUGAUUUGAAGUCCGGGGACUCAGGAGCAGUUGGCGAGGACGAUGGAAGUCCAGAGACGGAUGCAGUUGACACUGGCGGCCCAGGAGGAGAGGAUGAUGGUGAAGACAGCACGGAAAAUGCUGCAAUCGAACAAGAGAGCCAAGAAGCUGAAGUCGCAGCUGAUGACGACAACGAUGACGAUGGAGACGACAAUGUAACACAAGAGGAUGAAGCUGCUGCAGCUGAUGAUGAUGAUGACGAUGAUGGACCGUCCCAGGAGGACGAACAAGUAGUAGCGGAGGAUUCUGGAGAAAACAAUGAUGAAGAUGAUGAUGCAGCAGCCAAAUCCGCUGAAGACGACAAUGACGACGAUGCGACGAAUGAUGAAGAUGGAGAUGGAAAGGACGAUGAUGGGGAUGAAGAUGACGAUGAUGAUGUGAAAGCCAGUGCAGAAAAUCAAGAUGACGAUGAUAAUGCAGAUGAUGAUGAUGGCAAGGAUGACCAGGAUGAUCAGGAUGACCAUGAUGGUCAAGAUGAUGGAGAGGAUAGUAGAGAGGCGACAGCAGAAGGGGACCAACCGGAAGAUUCUCAGGAAGACAACAAGGAUGUUGAUGACGACGAUGAUCAAGAUGACAAUGAAGAAGAUCAAGCUUCACAAGAAGCAACUGCAGAUGAAGAUGACGGACAAGACGAUGAAGAUGAUCAAAAGUCUGGAGAAGCAACAGCUGAUCAAGACGACGGGGAUGACGAUGAUGAUGACAAUGCUGAUGAUGAACCAUCUCAAGAAGCUGCUGAUGAAGAAGAAGUUGAAGAGCAAUCAGCAGAAGUCCUCUCUCGUGGAAAACGAUCUGCUGCAAUGGACGACGAUGAUUUUGACAAUGAUGGUAUAGAUGAUAAAGUGGAUGAAGAUGACGACAAUGACGGUGUGAAGGACAGAGAAGAUGACGAUGAUGACAACGAUGGAAUUAAGGACAAGGAAGACGAUGACGAUGACAACGAUGGUAUAAAAGAUGAAGACUCCAAAGAAUCCGCCGACGAUGACAAUGAAGGUGACACACAUCAUGAUGAUGAUGACUUCGAUGACGAUGGUCUACACAAUGAAGUAGACGAUGAUGAUGACAAUGAUGGUCUGAAGGAUCACGAAGACGAUGAUGAUGACAAUGAUGGCUUAUCUGACGAUGAAGAUGAUGAUGACGAUAAUGAUGGCAUAAAGGAUGAAAACUCCAAAGAAGAGACGGAUGACGAUGAUGAUGCAGAUGACAACAAGGACGACGCUGAAGACGCCGAAGACGAUGACGAUGACGACGACGAGAAUCCAGAAGAGGAACUAACUCUGGAGUCAGAAAUCCCGGAGAAUCGACGUAGUCGUGAUCAUAUUGCCGAACUUCUUCACUUGGAUGACGAAUCUGAAGUGCGUGAAAAAGCGAUCGUUCGUGUGGCUGAUGUGAUCCUUAGGGAUCUCAAGAGGAUCUACGAGAAUUCGAUCAAACCCUUGGAGACUCUCUACAAAUAUCGCGAUCUCAGCAACAGACACUUCAGUGAUCCUGAGAUCUUCUCUAAGCCUUUGGUUUUGUUUAUGGGUCCCUGGAGUGGAGGAAAGUCCACCCUUAUCAACUACCUGACCGAUAAUGAGUUCACAGAGGAUUCUCUGAGAACGGGAGCUGAACCAUCACCGGCUUACUUCAACAUCCUCAUGCAUGGAGAAAAGGCUGAAGUUCUUGAUGGAACUCAGCUUGCUGCUGACUGGACCUUUGCCGGUCUCCAGAAAUUCGGUCAAGGUCUCGAGGAUCGUCUUCGGGGUCAGAAACUCCCAAGUAAACUUCUUGAAAAGGUGAACAUUGUGGAGAUUCCCGGUAUCCUUGAGGUCAGAAAGCAAGUUUCACGUCUCUUCCCCUUCAACGAUGCCUGCCAGUGGUUCAUUGAUCGUGCUGACAUCAUCUUUCUGGUUUACGAUCCCUCGAAAUUGGAUGUUGGACCAGAGACAGAGGCUAUUCUGGAUCAACUGAAAGGCCGUGAAUACCAGACUCGCAUCAUCCUGAACAAGGCUGACCAAGUGAAACCCGAAGAGUUGAUGCGUGUACAGAGUGCACUUAUUUGGAAUAUCUCACCACUCAUGUCAUCUGCGCAGCCUCCAGUCAUGUACACCACAUCCCUGUGGUCCUUACCAUUUGAAUCUGGAGCCCCUGUGAGGCUUCUUCAGGCGCAGGAGCGGGCUCUCCUGCGUGAUCUCCGAUCAGCCAUUGACAAAAGGAUUGAGAAUAAAAUCGCCAGUGCGCGUCGAUUCGCUGUUCGCGUACGGAAUCAUGCUAAGAUGGUUGAUUGCUACCUGACAACCUACUACAAUCACAAAUCUCUCUUCGGCAACAAGAAACAGAUUUCCGAUCAGAUCAUUGAGCAUCCACAGAACUAUCACAUCUACGAAGGACUCUCAACUCUAACCAACAUCUCACGCUACGAUCUGCCAGAUCCUGAAGUCUACCGCGACUUCUUCCGUCUCAAUCCCCUGUAUGAGUUCAAGAAACUCUCUGAAACCUGCACUUACUUCCGUGGCUGUCCGAUCAACAAACUCGACGUAUCUAUUGCCUACGAUCUUCCCGAACUGGGCGGGAAGUACAAGAAACAGCUGGAACAAGCCCUGGCUCAGCUCGAGGACGCCGAUGACAGCAAGGAAACCACCGGCAAGAGUUGAGCUCCUUCAACUGUCUUUUUGUACAGCAACCACUUCCUCUAAUCCCUUUUCCUUGUCCCCCUAUUCUCACGUUUCGCAAUUCAUUUUAAAAUCACUUUUUUUUCAUCCCCCAACGCUCUUUCUUUCUCUUUCUUUCUUUCGAGAGACAAGACAAUCGGGACAUGUACCCUUGAUUCCUCAAUCCAGUUGAUUACUCAGAUUCACCUUCGUCUGCUGGAUUGUGGGUUUUUUCUUCAACUCUUGCGCAAUUGUGUUUUUAGAUUUUUAACGGCAAGAUUUUGAGAGAGAGAUAUAUAUAAUGAAGAAAUAAAAUGCUGAAAAUGAGAACUGAUUGAAAUCGAGUUAAACCAGAUGAUUUGUAAGUUAUUGAAGGAAUUAAAUAAAAAUUGCGGCGAUGUAAAUAUAUGAGAAGAAA